AUAGUUACAGGAACAUGUCUGGCAAGUUAUAUAAUGACUAACUUCCCUUCCCCCUCCCAUAUGGGUGUGCUAACAUGGCCCCGCCUCCCUGGAAUUUUUAAUUAUCGAAACUGAUGCGCACUGCUGUUGUGGCAGAGCUUUCAGACCAGAGACUGAGCGACCACAAUCUACUCCGUUCACCGAAAUCUAACUUCAUUGGCGUUUUUUGACCAAAACAAACUCAAAAGAGCAACAAGGAGGAUCUUAAGGACAACACCGAAUAAUAUUCAAGACGUAUCAAAUCAGGACUUCCUGCUUUUGAGACCAUGUCUGAUAAUCUACAAGGCAACCCACAAGUGAUCCUGUGUGACAUGUGCCUGGAGGACAGGAAACCAGCAAAGAAGACCUGCAUGAAAUGUGAGAUCUCCAUGUGCGUCCAGCACCUCCAGGCCCACGUGACCACUCCUGUGUUACUGCAAACUCACCCUCUGACCGAGCCUACGGAUCUAUGUGGGACCAAAUGUCCCCAGCAUGGCAAACUCCUGGAGUACUACUGCUUGGAUGACAUGACCCUUGUAUGCGUCUCCUGCGCCAUUGAAGACCAGCACCGCUUACACAAUAUGAAGACCUUCUCCACGGCCCACAAAGAGCUCACGGAGCAGCUCAACAACGAGCAGCAGGCCUUACUGGGGAAAACCGAUGCCGACAACGAGAGUCUGGAAAAGUGGGAGAAGAGUGAAAGGGAGACGCUGGGUCGCUCCAGCGUGCGUCUCAUUCAGGCGGUGACGAGCAUGCGCGACAUUGCCCUGACCAGUGUCCAGAGCUCGGUGUCUGCCCGUAUGGCGGCGAUAAAAACCGCCAAGAGCAGCAUGCAGGCAGCGCAGGGGGAGAAAGACACCUUCAGAUUCCUGCAGAUGUAUUCCCAGGUGUAUCGGGAUGUGGAGAAGGCCAAGGCUGUGGAUCUGAGGAAAGGGUUGGAGCCCGGCGCUGACCGGGACAAACUGCUGCAGGAGAUGAGGCAGAAUGGCGAAAAUAUGGUGAAGCAAGCGGGACUGUUCUGGGGAUCGCUGUUGUCUCUGGUUGACCCAGAGAACCACCAGGAGCUCAUUGCUACGAGUUCAAACGUGAUCUUUGACCCACAGACGUUGGACCCCGGCAUGUCACUGUCCAAAGACAAAAGGAAGGUUUUCUACUAUAGUUCCUCUGGAGAAAACCGCCACUGUUUUUCUGCCACUCUUCCAAUCCGUAAUUAUGGGAACGCUCAUAACUUUAAGAGGUGGGUGGUCAGUUUUUCCCAGGACUGCGAUUGGACCCUCAGUGUAUGUGACCAACAGUUUAUGGACAGCCGCAUCGGUCUUUUUGGUCAACAGCCUACAAGGCACGUGAGCGCCGGACACGUCUACGGUCUGCGCUGCGAAGGUAACCAGCUCAGCUCUCUCACGACCGCCGAGUGCUGCGACGCGUCCGUCAGUCCGGUCGCAGCACCGCAUCUGUCAUAUGGUCAUAUGAAUAUCACGACCCCGCCAGGGAACUCUGUUACCUCUGCGCCAAUCACACAUCAGGGCCAAAAUGGACCGCGACCCAAAGUGGUGGAGAUGCUUUGGAACUUGAAGUCUUCCUCGCUGGCCUUCUUCAGCAGAACCGGACAGCACCAGAGGGAAGAAAUAAUCACACUUCAGAUGAGCCUCAGCAACGUGGACCUGAACCCCUUUGUUCAACUAUCGAAGACAAAUGACCAAAGUAUCCAGAUGCGUACGUGCCGAAGCGGUGUCAUAUGCACCACGGAGGUGGUUUGUGAACUUCAGUAAUGGGUGGGAUAUUGCUUAUUAUUGCUUAUCCUUAUCACUUUAGAUAUUUGUAGCCAUGCACUUCUUAGAUUUGUAUAACGUCUUUGGACGAGAAUGAAUCUCAUUGAUUGUUAAUCGCUUUUAAAUAACUAGAAUAGUGCAGAUAUUAGGAAUAAACUAUUGUUGGACCCUUUUGUGAACAAAAUAAACCCACAAUGUAACUUCUUCAGCUGUCUUUUGAUUGUAGUGAUGUACAUUUAUUCUGUCUGCCAGUUUAAUGAGGUUUGUCUCCACCUCCUGGCGGUGAACGGAAUUGCAACCUUGGAAUCUGUGUUGUACUUAUAUUGUGAAUGACCCGAAUAAUAAAAGCCAGGAACAUUUUAAA